UGGUCAUUACAAUGGACUGUUGAGCUGCUAGCUAGCUAACAAGGGGAAUCAUAUAAAGCCAGCCAUGUCUGAUGAGGAGGUUGACUUUAUCGACGGUGAAGAUGCCUCAGAGGUAGCCCUGGACAACCGGUUACUGGAGGAUGAUCUGGAGGAGCUGGAUAUGGGUGAGGAGGAGGAACUAGUCGACCAAUCAGCUGUCAGCUUCACAGAACACAAAGGCUCAGUGUUCAGUGUGAGCAGUGUGGGGGGUCUGGAGAGCCAUGUUGGGGGUCUGGCAUGCAGUGGGGGGGAGGAUGACAAGGCCUUUGUGUGGAGACUCAGUGAUGGAGGGACAGUGUUCCAGUGUCACGGUCACAAGGACUCUGUCUCUUGCACUGGGUUCAGUAGUGAUGGCCGCUAUGUAGCCACAGGGGACAUGGGGGGGGUGGUCCAAGUGUGGGGCGUGGCAGAUGGGGAGAAGGUGUGGUCAUUUGAGACUGGAGACCUAGAGUGGCUUUGUUGGCACCCUCUGGCUCAUGUGCUGCUAGCGGGUACCAGUGGAGGGGAGGGCUGGAUGUGGAAGGUGCCCUCAGGCGAUUGCAAGACCUUCCAGGGCCACAACUCACGCAACACCUGCUCAGCUAUCCUCCCUAAUGGGAAGAGUGCUUGCUUUGGUUAUGAGGACGGUAGUGUAAAAGUGUGGGAUUUGAAGGAGGGUGCUCCACUGGUUACCAUGGCGCCGUCGCACACCGAGGCAGUCACUUGUAUGGCUGCUCAUCACGAUGGCAAGCUACUCUUCAGUGGAUCAGCUGAUACUACUGCCAAGCUGACCACCAUCAACUCUGGCAAGGUAGUGGCCACUCUGGGUGCUGGGUUCCCACGUGGUCAAGACUCUGCCCCCUCACCUCCAGAGGAGGGUGCUGGUUGUGUGGAGUGUGUAGCCUUCUCUCCAACACUACCACUGGCAGUGAGUGGGUCACUCAGUGGAGCAAUGGCCGUCUGGGACUUGCCAACACAGCAGCUGCGAUUAGUCUGUCAGCAUAAGGCUGGAGUGGUCAGAUUGGCGUGCUCCCGUCAGUCUCCAUUAGUGUACAGUGGCUGUGUGGAUGGGGUGUUGAGGGGGUGGGACCUCCGCAGUGGAGAGUGUGUGGGCGAGUGGCACGGACACACGGACACUAUACUGGACAUGACUCUCACACAGGAUGAGAAGUGUCUGGUGUCAGCUGCAGAUGAUGAGACUUGCAAAGUGUUCUCUAUAUCAGAGUCAUGAUUAUAGAGAGCUACCUAAUUUGUGUGUGUUUGUAUAAUUAUUUUUGUGCAUAAUUAUUGUGUGCAGCAACAUUAAAUUUUUAGUGGGUGG